ACCGUGUCAGGAGCAGAUGAUCCGGCGCUCAGUCAAUUAACCGCUCGCACCUUUGAAUUCAAGCGGCGUCAUCAGUGCAUUACAAUUCGGUGUCUAUCUAGUCCAUUUCAUUUCAUUUCAUUUCGAUUCGGUUCGAUUUUGGUUUGGCAAUCGUCUGGAGGUAAACAGCCAUAAAUUGGACGCUCUAACGUAAACAAAAAGUAUUCUGAGCAGAUAGACUGGGACCAAAAAGAGAUCGGCAGUCAAGAAUGUCUCUUCGAAUGGCGCAGUUCUGCUUUUUGGGAGUCCUCGUCAUCCUCUCGGCAGCACGCUGUGCGUGGGGAUACCACGAGGAGACGCAUUAUCCCUGUGCCUUCAUCGACACGGCAAAUAUAACGGGGAGCUACGGUUCGGAUGGUUCCUACGUGCACAACUGGACGAUGAUUCCCCGCCAUUUGGUGGCAGUGUACGACUUUGUCAUCGAGAACGGCAUCCGCAUUCCGGCAACACCACAUCUGAGGGCCUGUGUCUGCAAGACGACACCUUGCGUGCGGAUUUGCUGCCAGGAGGGCGAGAUCUACGACCUGGAGAGGAGGCAGUGUUUGGUCCCAACUGUCGAGCUGUCCACUCUUCCUUCGCAGAGUCACAUGCAGGUGGAGUUUAACAAUGGCAGUCUGAGGGACGUGGAACUCCAGUCACGUUUCAGCAUCCAUGUGGGCUUGCCGUGUGAGCACAUGAAGACGGUCACCAAGGGAUCGGAGUACGUUCACUGGACACUGCAUGAGAACGGAACUAUCACCCAUAGAGGUUACACAUUCUCCAAGCACUAUUGCUUCACUCUCCUGCUCCACAGGAACUCCACCUGGGAGUGGCAGCCAUUGGCCUGCGCCCCAGAAAAGCUCCACUUUGUCUUGGGCGUGCGGGAAUGGACCUACGCCAUAUGCCUCUUGAUUGCGAUAAUAUCCAUGUUUAUUGUGCUGAUCGUGUACCUAUUGUGCUCGGAGAUGCGCAACAGUUUUUACGGUGUGGCUAUCAAGACGUACGCCUUCUGCAUGAUCUUGGGAUAUGCCCUGUUGGGUUAUCUCACGCUACACAACCCGGCGAAUCUCUCUAAUGCGGCUUGUCGCAUUCUACCAAGCCUGGCUCUGAUGUACUUGGUUCUUUCAUUCUACAUUCUGAGCUUCAUUGCAUUCAAGCUCUACCUGAGCUUCCACGGCGUGGUCUUCACCAAACUGAUGUUUUGGCUGAUCUUCACUCCAAUAGUACUGAUCGCCGUGGGUUGGUCCAUUUUCGUGGGCUUCAGUUAUUACGGUUACCGCCUGAUCUUUGGAGGAGAUACCUGUUGGUUUGAUCCUCGAAAUUGGUCCAUUAUGAUAUAUUUAUAUGCCCCCGUUUUUGUUGCCUGUGCCAUUUGCGCAUUCUUCUAUAUCCUCAGCCUGAUUUACAUUAGUGAACAGCCAGAGCUCGAGACUGAGAAGAGCUUCGAGUCCAUCGAAAAGAACCGCUUCAGGUCCUUUUGGAAGUACGUCGGCUACACCGCACUCGUGUGGCUCGUUUGCGUCUGCGUUUUUGCAUUUAACUACUACCGGGAGGAGCGAUCACAUCUCAAUUAUGCUGUGAGUUUCUGCAUGGCUUUCCAUGGUUUUGCGGCGCUCUAUGCCCUUAUUGGAAAGAAUCAGCAGAUACAAAAUUUUUUGCGGCGCAUAGAUAAUGAAGAGGACACCUGCGAAAACUCUGUGCCGUUGUCGAGUUUCGGUUGAAAUUCAAUUUCAAAAGUAAACAGUUUUGUGGUCACUGUGUUUCUUGGCAACUGGAAUUAGUCGUGCCGACAACCCUAAGCAAUCGCUCCAAAACCAAAACCAUCUGUCAGUCUAGACAAAAACCGGAAAUGCUGAGUACAGAGAAUAUUUUUAAAUAAGUUUAAGUCGUAAAGAAUGUCUUGUAAAAAAUGUGUAAAAUUAACAAGCAUAUACGUUUUAUUUUAAUAUUAAUUAAUGUGAAUAUUUGUCGGCCUAGUCUUAAUUUAUAAACAUUUGAUAUUGGUCCCCAUCCAUUUUCUUGAAAAGUUAUAUGAAGAAUUAAAAAAAAACUGGGGCAUAUGCUUUGCUUUUGAAGCAUGAAGUAAUAAUGUAAUUAAUUUUUAAUGACUGUUACUUUGAAAAGAGAAAUUACCCACCACAGUUUUUAUAAGAGAUAAAUUAUCAAACAAAAAUUGUAUUAAUGAGCAUUAAAUUGUUAUGAUACCUGUUACUCUUAAUUUUAAAAACUAUUUAGAUACAGUCAAAAAUAGUAUUAUUUAUUUAUGAUAAAUUUAAUAAUAUUUUUAGAAAUAAUAGCUUGUAAACCCUUUAUGCCUUUACUCAUAAGGUCACAAUCAGUGUGGGCUAAAUCGCCGAAAA